AUGGAGAUCCAAGACACAAGUGAUCUCUGUUUCCCACAUCUCCUCAACAGCUCCUGCAGGAAGCCCACACUUCACUGGUCUGAAGCCGUUCUCCUGAACUCUGUGCUGCUCUUCAUCUCACUGAUCACUGUAGUGCUCAACCUCCUCAUCAUCAUCUCAGUCUCUCACUUCAGGCAGCUCCACACUCCUACAAACAUCCUCCUCCUCUCUCUGGGUGUUUCAGACUUUUUUGUUGGUCUGCUGCUGAUGCCUUUAGAAAUCUACAGAUUUACAUUCUGCUGGGGUCUUGGGGAUGUUAUGUGUAUUUUCUUUUAUUUUUUGAUAAAUACCAUCCUUGGCACUUCGAUCUGGAACAUUGUGCUGAUAUCUAUCGAUCGCUACGUAGCCAUUUGUUACCCUCUGCAUUACCCCACCAGAAUCUCUUUGACGAGAGUUAAAUAUUGUGUUUCUCUGUGUUGGUUCUGUGUUUCUUCCUGCAGCCUUUUGUAUUCAAAGGAUGAACUGAUUCAGCCUGGCUGGAAGAAUACCUGCAUUGGAGAAUGCACAUUUUUUAUAAGCUACAAUCUAGGAACAUUUGACCUCAUUUUUAAUUUCAUUCUUCCAGUGACGACCAUCAUAGUUCUGUAUCUGAGAGUGUUUGUGGUGGCUGUGUCUCAGGCUCGUGCCAUGCGCUCUCACAUCACAGUCGCCACGUUUCAUUCGGCGACAUCAGCAACAAAGAAAUCAGAGUUAAAAGCAGCCAGGACUCUGGGGGUUCUAGUUGUUGUAUAUCUAGCGUGUUUCUGUCCGUAUUACUGCUACUCAUUAGUUGGGAUUAGUUUAACUAAUACCCCUUAUUCAUUUUCUUUGUUUUUCCUCUUUUAUGCCAACUCUUGUCUGAACCCUGUGAUUUACGCUCUGUUCUAUCCCUGGUUCAGAAAAGCUGUUAAAGUCAUUGUUACUCUCCAGAUACUGCAGCCUGGAUCACAUGAGGCCAAGCUACUGUGA